CGCCCGAGUAUCUCCAUAUAAGAUAAAGUAUGAAAGGGAUCCAAUUUAUUGUUAAAAGAACCAAAAACCCGUUUCUUAAGAGUGACUCCAAAUCGUUAUAUCUCUUUAGUAGGCUUUGCCAAAGACGUCUAUUAUAUUCCUCUUCAUACUGAGGAGGGAUUUCAGACGUUAGAGGAGCAGUUUCCUCAAAAUCCUCUUCAGGUGGACUCAUUCUUAAAAAUUAAAAAAAAAAGAUGGUGGUGACUUUGAAUGGGAGUAACUGAUUUCAAUGUUAUCCAUCAUCUCCCUUCCGACUGACGUCGAAUUCAUCCUCCUUCCUUCCAUUCCGACUUUACAGCGAAUCCUCCUCAAAGAACAUCUCAAUUUUUAAAUACAAAUCAACAUGCUUCAACCACGGGUUAUGUGGAGAUAUCGCCUACCUGAAGAUGAUUCAGGUGAUACAUACGAGAAGAUCAGUCAAGAAUUAACAAAGGUGAAUAAAAGACAGGUUUUAGCGGCUUGCUGUAUUUUCUUCAUAUGCUUUACACAUAUUGUUUUGGCAUCAACAUUAAAAUACCAUGGAAAAGCGCACUUAGUCAUUUGGCUUUAUUUUGCUAUCCCUAUAAUUCUCGUGUUGACCUUUCCUGGGGUUGGAUCAGAAAAUUGUACACGGUUACCAAAAAAGGAAAAGGAAAGGCGCGAUAGGGAACAGCAACUCUCAAAUGCAGGAACCAAUGGCCCUUCAAACCUGCACCCUCACCCUCACCUGCAUCCUCAGGAAAACCAAUCUUUACCGCAAUACACUGAAACAAACGAAACUAAAGAGUAAAGAAAUACAAGGCAGCAUUACGAAAUCCGUCAUAGAAUUCAUUAAAAAACAAUAAAUCUACCAUCUAAUUCUGCAGUGAUUAACUUUUUUAUUUAGCCCUAAAAUUCCAUUAUUCUACUUGGAAUUUGUCACGACAGUGGACAAGGACUAUUUACUGGAUUUUCUCAUGAACCUUAUCUUCUACCCUUCUACCCUUCUACCCUUCUACC